AUGCCGACGGCAUUCUUGCUGACCGCCCUGCUACUGGCGGCAGCGGCAGCGACCAACGAGGCGGCAGGGAGCCUCGUCGUAACCCAUGGCUGCGCGACGAGCUGCGGCGGCGUGGACAUCCCCUACCCUUUCGGCAUCGGCGGCGGCUGCUUCCGCAAGGGCUUCGAGAUCGAGUGCGUCAACAGCAGCCGCGCUGUGCUCGCCGGCACGUCCAUCCAGGUGAUGCACCUGUCGUCGGACCCGGCCGAGUCGCUGGUGAUGCUCCCCAUUGGAUGGAUGUGCUUUAACGCCUCCAGCCCCAGCGAAGCCUCGGGUUUCAGCUACGCCGAGACGGAGAUGAACAAGGACGGCGUGUACCGCAUCUCCAACACACACAACAUGCUCGUCGUCCUCGGCUGCAACACCUUCGCCUACACGGGCAGCGGGAAGACGCAGGGCGGCACCGAUGCCUACACCUACUACACGGGCUGCAUGUCCUUCUGCAACAACUCGGCCAGCGCACAGGACGGCCUCUGCGCCGGCGUUGGGUGCUGCCGCCUCGACAUCCCGCCGGGCCUCACCGGCAACUACUUCAAGUUCCGUACCUACGACCACUCCACCAUGAUGGACUACAGCCCCUGCGACUACGCAUUCCUCGUCGACAGGAACAACUACACCUUCCGACGGUCCGACCUCCUCAUGGACACCAACCGGACCUCGCCGGUCUGGCUGGACUGGGCCAUCCGCGGCAACGGCUCCGCUUCUGGCGACGUGUUCUCAUGCACACAGGCGGCCAAGACGGGUCAGUCCGCAUGCGUCAGCGCGCACAGCGACUGCGUGGAUUCCACCAAUGGGCCUGGCUACAACUGCAAGUGCUCCAAAGGCUACGAGGGCAACGCCUACCUUGCCGACGGAUGCACCAAUAUAGAUGAAUGUGCACAUCCAGCAAAGUAUCAUUGCUACGGUGUCUGCAAGGACACUCAAGGAUCUUACCAAUGCACCUGUCAUCCAGGUUAUGAGAGCGAUGACCCAAGAACUGGACCCUGCGCUCCAAAGUUCCCACUUGCUGCACAGAUUUCCAUAGGUGUAAUAGGCGGUACACUUGUCAUCGCAUUAGUGGCAUUCAUCAUUAUUAUUCGAAAAGAGAAGCGGAAGACCAGGGAGUUUUAUGAGAAAAAUGGUGGUCUUACCUUGGAGAAAGCUAAAGUUAUAAAGCUUUUCAAAAAGGAGGAGCUCAAGCCAAUUUUAAGAAGUAGCAAUUUAAUUGGAAAAGGUGGCUUUGGUGAAGUUUACAAGGGGGUUGUUGAUAACAUACUAGUUGCAGUAAAGAAACCAAUUAGCGGUAAUGUGCUGGAGAACAAGCAAUUUGCAAAUGAAGUCAUCAUACAGUCUCAAGUCAUCCACAAGAACAUCGUUAAGCUUAUAGGUUGUUGCCUAGAAGUGGAUACCCCCAUGCUAGUGUACGAGUUCAUUUCCAAAGGAAGCUUGCAUGACAUUCUUCAUGAGUCCGAGAAGAGGGAGCCACUCAACUUGGAUGUGCGUCUAAGCAUUAUUGUGGAAUCGGCACAUGGUCUAGCUUAUAUGCAUUCCCAAGCCCAUACCAAAAUCCUGCACGGUGAUGUUAAACCAGCAAAUAUACUUUUGGAUGACAACUUUGUGCCAAAGAUCUCAGACUUUGGCAUAUCGAGGUUGAUUGCAGUAGAUAAGGAACACACUGCAAAUGUCAUUGGUGACAUGACUUAUAUGGAUCCAGUAUACCUACAAACAGGCCGACUGACUGAAAAAAGUGAUGUCUACAGUUUUGGGGUUGUCAUCUUAGAGGUCAUUAGCAGGAAGAAGGCCACUCAUUCCGACAAUAACAACUUAGUGACGAGUUUCCUUGAGUGUCAUAAAGAAGGGAAGAAAGCAACUGAGUUGUUUGAUAAGGAAAUUGCCAUAGCAGGAGAUUUGGAGCUUCUUGACACUCUGGCCGGUAUUGCUGUGGAAUGUCUUAACCUUGAUGUGGAUCAAAGACCAUCAAUGACAAAUGUCGUGGCACGUCUUCUCACAUUGAAUAGAUCCCGUGUGUUGUAACUGGUUUCUGAGGUUGAGUUUUAACAUGUAUGGAAAUUUAUCAUGCAUCACACUUCUUCCCAUUCCAAAGUCAACGUGCAUCUCCCAGUAAGAUAGGCAACUAUCAAGGCGUGAAUUUUCUGUAUUUGUUGUUGUGAGUAG